UCGCGCCUUAUAAUUAAUCAGUACUCUAUCUAAUGUCUCUGAAUCGUUCAAUUAAAAAAAAAAUAUUCAUAAGUUUUUUUUAUUAAAUAUAUAAAAUAUGGGUCGAUUUCCCGAUCAUUUAUUUUUGAAAAUUUUCAAGCGACUCUCCGUUCGAAAACUUAUUUUUUUGAAAAUUGUUCACAAACGUUUCUAUAAUUUGAUAACUAAAUUGCUGAGUAAGAAAAAAAAUUUAUGGAGAGAUGCUGCUCAGGCAGACAUUCCUCGAUCAGUUCUCUGUUUGUUCAUUAAAAAACGGUUGCCUUCAGUACGCGCUGAUAAUUAUUAUCAACUGGAUGACGAAGAUUUUUGGAAAAAUAUUCAUUUGAUUCGCAAUAAAUGGGAAGCUUGUGCUUCUCUGGCUGUUGAUCAUGAGCAAAAGAUAGUACAGGAUUUACUAGAUGGACAUGUGUCUUGCAUUGCUACUUCCGAUAAAUAUUUAGCCAUUGGAACAAAAGGAUCUAAAGUAAAUGUUUAUAAAGAACGAGAUAAUUAUCAUGACUAUGAUGGCAAUCGAUACGAGUUUUUAUUCGGAAGACCUGGUAGUGAAGAUCAAUCAAUUGUUAAAUUAAUUUACUGGUACACGAAUAAAAAAAAAAUAAUUGUUACUCUGUCGAAAAAUAAUAAUUUGAAAUUUUGGGAUUUGGUGACUGGGAAAGAAUUUAUCGACCGCCAGGAAUACUCAGCUGAAAAUAUAUGUGCCGGCACAGAUGGAAGUUUCUAUUCUGAAUUUCACGGUACUGUUUUAUCAUAUACAUUUAAAUUUGGAAUAUUCAUCAAAAGGCUACACGAAGCUGAUUUGGAUCAAGAAAAGGAUGAAGAUUAUCCUGUUGAUUUACUAUCAGUAGAAAAAAAUAUAAAAGUCAUUUGGCCACAAGCUGAACUUAUUAAUAUUGCUGAUAUUUUGAUGCCACAACCAAAUAACAGUAAUACUGUCACCACAAGUUCAUAUUCAAUAAAAUUACCUGCAAGAGCGACAAAAGCAGAAAAUAAAAAAUUUUAUUUGCUAUCUUUAGAAAAUUCUAGGAGUAUUAUUGCAACUUAUGAUAACUACUUUGCUAUCCAUCAAGAAUAUAAUAAUUGGCGGGAAUUUGAUAUGUUGGACUGCUUGGGAGGAAAAAUAACAUAUGUGACUUUACAUGGAGACCUUUUAAUUUUGAAUAUCCUCAAAGUGUCUGGACAAGCGGUUACGCGGGUAAAUACAGCUAAUAGUUUUUUUAGCUGCAAGGAUGUGCAAGAUUUCUACACAAUGCAAUCAAAAGAAAUGAGCUCUGGAAAUUCAAAAAUUUUCGCAGUUGAUACAAUUGAUAACAGAAAUUAUCCAGCGUUGGCGGUGACUACAGAAAAUUUUGUCAAUAUUAUUUAUUUCCAUCCAAUGCAAGAUUUUUUUUUCUAGCUGUCUAGUUUAUAAAUUAGAGAAAAAAAAUUAUCAAUGUAUGAAAAAAAUUUAAUUAAUUAUUGUGUAUAAUAAAUUUAUCAACUGCAAUUAUAAAUUUUAAUUUAUGUAAUUACUUUUAAAAAAGUUUAUAUAUACAAUUGAAUUUAAAUUUCCCUCUCUGGUUACGUCACCCACAAAAACCGCGUGCUUUUAUCCCCACCCGGAAUUCAAUUUGCACAAACGAAAAUGAUAUUUAUUUAUAUUUUUAAUUACAUAUUGUCUUUAGUUUCGUAUCUAUUUUGUGUACGAGCAAUCGAACCGAAUUAUUUUUUAACUUUUCUUCUCAACAAUUAUCAUAGAAGAUGGCAACUAUUGAAUUAAAUUCAAACGAAGAAAAAUUAUCUGCUGAUGAAUUUAGUGCGCUGUGUGAAAUAAAAUAUCUGCGUAAGACUUUAUCAUUUUUACAGAAACGUGUUCGAAGAAAAGCGCGAAUUCAGUACCCGUAUUAUUUAAUGUACGAUCAGAUAAUUGGAAAAUUACCGAAGUACGCUGAACAGUCAUCUGAAUUUCCGGUCCAUCUCCAGUUUGAAGGAAUUUGGGAGGAUCCAGACGAUUCCCGUGACCGGAAUACGAUGCACCCUGUUCAGUAUUACAAGAAAAAAAUUCGCUCUCUUGAAGAGCAGUAUAUUUCAAAACUCGACAAAUUGAUGGACGAUCAAGGCCAGCUUGCCAAUGAAGUCAAAAAGGCUCUCCGUGUUGAAAAAGCUAAAGAAAACAGUUUUCUGAGAAAAGUUUCAUUUGACAAUUCCUGGAUGGUCAAACUUUCCGCGAAAAACAAAACUUCCGGGUUCCUCGAUGAUCUUGAUUGACCUCCGAUUUAUGCUCGCGAAUCGAUUGCCAAAAUCGAACUUUCCUGAUAUGUAUUACAGUCAUAAGUUAUUUUUAUUUAUAAAUAUCUACUAUUAGUCAUGCCAUAACUAUACUCUAUUUAUUUAUUUAUUUAUUUAUUUAAAUAGCCAACAAUAAAAUCAUCUUGCUAUCAGACUUGUAUUUUUU